UCCAAUAAUUAUAGUACAGCACGACAAGCAACACUGAUAACUCCAGUCAUCAAUCAUUAUCCGCGAUUAAAUUUUCGAGCAAAAAAGAUCAUCAUCCUGCACGUUGCUUGCACUCCUUGAUCUGUCCAUAACCGGACCAGUGAGACCCAGCAGCCGGGCAGCCAAGCCAAGCUUUCGCCAAUGGUCGCCGUCUUCAACAAGGACGUCCUGAGCUGGUACCUCAUCACGCUCAAGCUCAAGGAGACCGUCGACGCCAACCUCAAGAAGUCCCCGUCGCCGCACUGGCAGGCGCUCCCCCGCAGCCUGCUCGUCGCCAACGGCACGCCGGGGGCAGCGGAGACACUGACGCGCCAAGACCGGGACCAGCAGGCCGUGGUCCCGUCGGCGCAGUCACCGGCGCACAGUCCCAAGCCGCAGGACCCGGAAUGGGUGGUGACCAUCCGCGGGAAGCUGGCGCAGGCGCGCGCGGAGGAGGCGGCGUGCCCGUGGGCGCGGCUGUCCGUGUACCGGGUGCCCAAGUCCCUCCGCGAGGGCGACGAGCGCGCCUACACGCCGCAGGUGGUGUCCAUCGGCCCGCUCCACGCCGGCAAGCGGCGGCUGCGUGAGAUGGAGCGCCACAAGUGGCGCGCGCUGCACCACGUGCUCAAGCGCACGGGCCACGACGUCACCGCCUACCUGGACGCGCUGCGGCCCAUGGAGGAGCGGGUGCGGUCGUGCUACGACGGCCGCGUCGCCUGGAUGCCGGCCAACGACUUCGCGCAGUGCCUGGUGCUGGACGGGACCUUCGUGCUGGAGCUUUUCCGCGGCGCGCUGGACGGCGCCAAGGGGUUCGUGGACGACCUGGGCUACUCGCGGCACGACCCCGUCUUUGCCAUGCGCGGCGCCAUGCACGCCAUCCGCAACGACAUGAUCCUGCUCGAGAACCAGAUACCGCUGUUCGUGCUGGACCUGCUGCUCGGGAUCCAGCUGGGCCACCCGGAGCAGACCGGGGCCGUGGCCAGCCUCGCCGUGCGGUUCUUCGACCCGCUGAUGCCGACGGACACGCCGCUGCACCGGAAGGACCGGUUCAAGCUUGAAUCCUCCGUGGACUCGGACGCGGCGGCCGCGGCGGCGUUCGACCCGCUGUCAAACCCGAUGCUGCACUGCCUGGACGUGUUCCGGCGCAGCCUCCUCCGCGCCGGGAUGCAGCCCACCCCGCCGCCGGCGGCGCGGCUGUGGCUGAAGAAGUGGUCGGGGCUGCGGCGCGUGGCCGACAAGCGGCGGCAGCAGUUCGUGCACUGCGUGUCGGAGCUCCGUGAGGCGGGCAUCCGGUGCCGGCGGCGGCGCAACACGGACCGGUUCUGGGACAUCCGGUUCGACAAGGGGGUGCUCCACAUCCCGCGGAUCCUCAUCCACGACGGCACCAAGGCGCUGUUCCUGAACCUGAUCGCGUUCGAGCAGUGCCACAUGGACAUCGCGACGCCGGGCGGGAACAACAUCACCUCCUACGCCAUCUUCAUGGACAACCUGAUAAACUCGGCGGAGGACGUCAAGUACCUGCACGACCGGGGCAUCAUCGAGCACUGGCUGGGCAGCGACGGCGAGGUGGCGGAGCUGUUCAACCGGCUGUGCCUGGAGGUGGUGUUCGACAUCAACGACAGCUACCUCUCCGGGUUGUCGGACCAGGUGAACCGGUACUACGACCACAAGUGGAGCACCUGGGUGGCCAGCCUGCAGCACAACUACUUCACCAACCCGUGGGCCAUCGUCUCCGUCGUCGCCGGCGUCUUCCUCCUGCUGCUCACCAUGAUGCAGACCUUCUACAGCGCAUACAGCUACUAUCGCCCGCCGGCCUAGCCUUUAGCUCGAGCUCCAGCCUCCAGCUCCAGCAGGUGGAUUUUGGAUUACAGUUUGACAUUCUUUUUUUCUUGGCUUGCAUUACAGUUUUGAUUGAUUGAUUGGUUGGUUCUCUUGUCAAGGAAGAACUCUUCUCCCCACUUUGAGUUGCAUCCUGUUAAUAUACAUACUCGAUUCUGGUGGGACAAGGAUAUUUUUGGCAAAAAAUAAGCAAAUGCAUUGUAUUAAGCGUCUGUUCUUGGGACAUCUUGAGGGGUUUGGACGCUCUCAUGGUCGUGGAGAAUUGUUCAAUUGAGCAUUUGCAUCUGCACAUUUUAUGACUGUACACAUUUUAAUUUUAGCGACCAGGGAGAAUUGUUCAGUUGAGCA